UGUCUACCGAAACAACCGAAAUAAACACUGAUAGCCACUUGGAUGCAAGAAGUAAUCUGACAGCAAUGGUUACUGAAGCAAGCAAUAACUCAACAGGCGCUGGUGAUGACACGGCAAAUUCAUCCGAACAAAUUAAACCCGUUAUUGUAUCCGAGUCUGAUAAUGCUCAAAAUGCAACAGCUAAUACAACAGUUGCUGGAGAUAUAAAACAAACCGAGGUAUUAGAGCAGACUGGCAACAAAACUUCUGAAGGAAACCUGCCUGAUAAUGAUGCAACAGUCUCUGUUAAACCGAAUAAUCGAGAUGCUGCUCCACAAGAAUCUCCUACUCUAGGGGCUAGUGCAUUAGAAAAGACGAUCGAACUUGUAGCUUCAAAUGAAACUGAGAACAUUUCUGGUAAUUUGGACAUAAAUGUGACAUCUAAUACCACUGAAAGCGACAAAUCCAAAGGUAGCACUGAAAGUAAUGAAGCAAACGAAACUCAGAAUAUCGACGCCACCGGGGAUGAGAUGUUCAAGGGCAAUACUCAAACAGGUGAAACCGAUGAAAAACCAGACUCUUCGUCUGUCAAUGAAAUUCUAGACUCAGUUAUACACGACGCAAUAGAUUCUUCUGACACUCAGAACAUACACGAGGAAAUUGCAACGGCUCGAACUGAUCUUGAUACGUUGCCGGACAUUCAAAACGAAGGAAUCGACAGUGAUGAAAAUUCAGCAGAGUGAAUUUAGAGAAUGCUGAUUGGGUUAUAGAAACUUUUGCUUGAUUCAAAAAUGUAUCAAGACAAGGUGUUCAAAGGUACAUAAGGUGUAAGAUUGUGUCUAGGUCUGGAUAUGUAUAAUUUAUUUGUUUCUUCCACUUUCUACUUUCAGCUACUAUUGCAUCUUUUAUUUUUAUGCUAGCUUCUUAUUCUUUCAA